AUGUCAGCAGCUGGAGUGAGCAAGCUCUUCUUCUACACAAAACCCUCCUCCUUUUCCUUUCCUCUCCCUCUCAAAACAACUUUCCUUUCCUUUCUCUCUUCACCUAAUCCUUCCCUUUCCUUCCAAAUUCCUCUAUCUUCUCUCUCCUUUCCCAAAUUAACCGCUCUCAAAUCCUCCACCAACACCAUUCAACAUUUCGAAGACGACGACGACGACGAAGAUAUCGAUACCGAAACAGAAAUCGUUGAAUACGACAGUGAAAUUGAUGACUCUAUCGAUACGGACGAGCUCGAAAAAGAAGCUAAAUUAGCCGUUAAAGAGUACUCUAGCUCCCUGUCUCGCGAAUUAACAAUCGAAAAUGAGACUGACGAGAAAAGAGAAACUAGGAAGCAGAAGCGAAAAAAGCUACUUCUAAAGAUGUUUAUCCCUGACCAUCUCCUUCCGAAAGUUACAAUUGUUGGACGGCCAAAUGUCGGUAAAUCAGCGCUAUUUAACCGUCUUGUUGGGGGGAAUAGGGCAAUUGUGGUGGAUGAACCUGGGGUUACUCGGGACCGUUUGUACGGUAGAUCUUUUUGGGGAGAAUAUGAAUUUAUGGUGGUGGAUACUGGAGGUGUUGUCACUGUAUCAAAGUCGCAAGCUAACGUUAUGGAAGAUUUGGCUAUCUCAACAACCAUUGGCAUGGAUGGGAUUUCACUUGCCUCGAGGGAAGCAGCAGUUGCUAGAAUGCCCUCUAUGAUUGAGAAACAAGCAACUGCAGCUGUGGAAGAAUCAUCUGUCAUUAUAUUCCUUGUUGAUGGCCAGGCAGGUCUAACAGCAGCUGAUGAGGAGAUAGCAGACUGGUUGCGCAGGAACUACUCAAACAAGUGUGUCAUCCUGGCAGUGAACAAGUGUGAAUCUCCACGCAAAGGAAUCAUGCAAGCAUCAGAAUUUUGGUCGUUGGGGUUCUCACCACUUCCUAUUUCUGCGGUAUCGGGGACAGGAACUGGAGAGCUUCUUGAUCUUGUGUGUUCCAGACUGGGAAAAGUUGAGGGUUCCGAAAAUCUUGAUGAAGAAGAAAAUUACAUCCCUGCCAUUGCAAUUGUUGGUCGGCCAAAUGUUGGUAAAAGUAGCAUUUUGAAUGCAUUGGUUGGAGAGGAUAGAACGAUUGUUAGUCCUGUCAGUGGCACUACCCGUGAUGCUAUUGAUACUGAAUUUGUAGGACCAGAUGGCCAGAAGUUUCGGCUUAUUGAUACAGCUGGCAUCAGAAGGAGGGCAGCAGUAGCUUCAUCAGGUAGUGUGACAGAGGCUUUAUCAGUGAAUCGAGCAUUUCGUGCCAUUCGCCGUUCCGAUGUCGUUGCUCUUGUCAUUGAGGCCAUGGCUUGUAUCACAGAACAGGAUUACAGGAUUGCUGAAAGGAUAGAGAAAGAAGGAAAGGGUUGCCUGAUUGUGGUGAACAAAUGGGAUACGAUACCCAAUAAAAAUCAGCAGACUGCAACAUACUAUGAACAAGAUGUGAGGGAGAAGCUUCGUAGUCUUCAUUGGGCUCCUAUCGUUUACUCAACUGCAAUUGCUGGCCAUAGUGUUGAGAAGAUCAUUGUUGCUGCUAGUACAGUUGAAAAGGAAAGAUCAAGAAGGCUAGGUACUUCAAUACUGAAUCAAGUGGUACAAGAAGCAUUGGCUUUUAAACCCCCUCCAAGGACGCGAGGCGGCAAGAGAGGGCGUGUUUAUUACUGCACUCAGGCUGCUAUCAGGCCACCCACAUUUGUUUUCUUUGUAAAUGAUUCAAACCUUUUUCCUGAGACUUACCGACGCUAUAUGGAGAAGCAACUACGUACAGAUGCUGGAUUUGCUGGUACGCCAAUUCGACUACUUUGGCGUAGCAGAAGAAAAAUGGAAAAAGAUGAAGCUUUUAAUCAUUGCAAGGAACCAAGGGGCAGGGUGGAUAAAAAAAUUGCCAAAUCUUGCAAAUCUUAUGUCUCUGACAAUGAUAAUGGUGAUGAUUGUAAACCAGUGCAGUUGUGGAUUGGUUCUGAAGCCCAGCAUGUGGUGGAUCUGAUUGAUUUUGCUAGUACAAAAAGAGUUUAUGUGGAAUUUAUUGGUAAGUUCCAGCGUAUCAAUAGUACCUCUGUUUCGGUAAAUUUAGGUAAGGAAAGAGAUGGGAGGUUUGAAGAGUGA